GUGAGGAUUGAUGUGGUGGGAGGCUUUGCUAUGCAGAAAGUUUCUACUAACCGAAGCUACUUCCGCAGUAUUGCCAACAUGGAUAUCAAAUUGGAUUUUGUCCCUCCAGCAUUAAUCAAUUUUUUUUCAAGGCAGCUCAUUGGUAGUGGAUUCAAGCUUUAUAAGAAGGAAGUGGCUUCUGUUUCCAUUGGUGAUGAAGACUUUAGCAAGGCUUUAAAGGGUCUGCAGUACAACCGAAUCCGUGAGGCUCUUUAUUCAGAUAGUAAAUCUAAUGGGGAUUUUGAAGUGCAAGACCAGGACAAAAACAAUGAUUCACAAACAAAUUAAAUGUAACGAAUGAACAUGAAGUCCAGUGCGAGAAGAUUUGUGGUGAGAUCGAGGAAAAUAAUGAGGAAGACAAUGGAGAAGCAAGGGCUGUUAAUAAGUGCUAUCAGAAACAAGAUUCCCCUAGGAAGAAUCAAAUCAUAGAGGAAGUCUCCAUCUCUGAAAUCAAGAAAGUGGGCAUUAGCCCCGAGGUUCAGCAAGCCCUAGCAACAUUAGAAAAGGCCAUUUCUUUCAUUCGUAACUCAAAUACUAUCAGAUCUACAAUACAAGCUAACAUAGAAAACUCACAAGGUAGUGAUGAAACAAAAGAUUCAAAGUUUUCUAGAAAGGAAUCCACAGAAAUUACUGCUUCACCUGAACAUAGGAUCAACUCCGGCAAUCAUAUUUCCAGGCAUACAGGUUCCAUUUCGCCCCCAAGGGAAACUAACCAUAAUAAGAUAGCACCAGUCUCAUCACCAAGUGCAUAUAUUGCCAAUUCUAGUGAGCUUCAUUGUGCUGAUUCACAUUCCUUGGGAGAUCAGAAAGUAGCUGGAAUGCCUCUACAGAACAUAAUAAUGGAGGAUAAUAACCUGAACUCUACUAAUGUAAAUUCCAUCACCAAAGAAGAUAUGUCUGGUAGAAGGAAAUCUAGAGAGCAGAGAUACUGCUGCUGUACUUUACUUUCUAUAAAGCAGAUUUCAACUUAAGAGAUUAGAAAUUCUGUUUUUUUAAUAACAAUAAAAUCUUUCAUGGGCAAAAUGCAUGUAAGAUGUAUCUAUUCUGAGCGUUGUAGGAAUGUGGCAGGCAGGUCCUAGACAGAAACCCUGGAACCUGUGAGCAGGCUGUCCAAUACGGAGAAUCCUUCGGCCCUUGACUUUGUCGGAGCCUUAUGUAAUUGGUUUUGAAUUGUGUGAUACUAUUGAUGAAGUUAAAGCCUCUAUGUAUACUAGUCACAGACUAAAUA